UAGUCAGUCUAGGUUUUAAUUCAUUCCAAUAAAAGUAUCACUCAUUCUAAUUCAUCAUAAGAGUCACGAAAUAAUUUUUUUAAAAAGAAUACCGUAUUUAUAAACUAGAGCUAAUUAAAUGAAGGAUUAGGGUAUCAUAGAAAAUUUAACAUGCACUUAAGGAAAAGCUAAAAUCUUUAAAAAUAUGAUUAAUGACUAUUCGAGGAUAACUUAAAAUGAUGGUUAAAAUAUUUCUAACCAGAGCAGUUUGAAAAUAUUUAAUAAGAGCCUUUUUUUGCUGGAUUCGGAAUUGAUUAUUUAAGCUUUCAACUUCUUUGUUGGUGAUAAUUUUUCACGAUGCAAAACACCAAAGACGAUAUAUCGCGUAUUACCGAAACAGUUAGUUUGUGCCGUAGAGUCGCAAAUACUAUUCGAAAGUGUAUGAAAUGUGAAACAGACCGUAUAACUAAGAAAGCAGAUGUUUUAAAACGUGGUUUUCGAGAAAGAAAGUUCGAAGAUCUGAAUAAACUUACCAGUUCUAUGCUAGAAGUUGAUUUCCACAAUUUCAAUACUUGUUGCGCUUACAUGGUUACUUACGCAGCUUGCUAUUCCGAACUUACCUACAUUGCUGCGGCAAUUCUCCAGAAUACCACUAACGAACUUCAUGAAAUUAUAGACAAACAAAGUUUGUUGACAAUCACGAGUAUAAAUGGCGGACCUGGAAAUGAUUUGCUAGGCUUUUUGUAUAGUUUGUGUGGGAAGUAUUCGAAUCUUAUAAAAUUAAACUUGAAUAUAAUUGAUUCGAACAUCCAGUGGCAGGUGUUCUUCUCUACUUUGAUGUCCGAAGUAGAGGCGAAUGGAAAUUGCAAUAAAUUGGGAAAAUUUAUAAGUGAAAUCAAACUGUCGCAUAAAUUUGUCCAUGGUGACGCAACCCACGGUAGAAGAUUUGGAGAAGUGAAAGAAACAUUGGAAAAUUCAGAUCUUGUUCUCAUGGUUCAAACAUUAAGUUUGAUGACGAUGGGGAAGAAAAUCGAUCUUUUACGGGAAGUAUUGGAUUUAAUGAAAAGGAAUGCAAUUAUCCUCAUAGUGGAUUCUGAGUGGCCCUCUUUGGUUGCAGGUUACACUCAAGGACAUUAUGAAGUGAUACUGAACAUGAAGGACUUAGUUGCAUGCACCAAGCCCAGUACUGUAUAUAACUGUCAAAACAUAACAGUUUGCGUAGCAGAUGCAAUAGCUUUGAAAAAACUAUGAAUGAUGUUCCAAAAGUAUUUAUUAUUUAAUAACAC